CCCAAUCGGCUCACAUUGCAGCCACGAAUGUGAAAGCCACUGAAGCCGAGAUGAAAGGAUCGGCUAAGCUCGCAAUCGGCGCCGCAGCCGCCGUCAUUUCACUCACUCUCCUCCUUAUCAUCGCCCUUCUUCUCAGCCUCCUUAUCGACCUCCUCCUCUCCUUCUUUCGUAGCCGCCGCCGUAGUCACACAAGCCAGCCACGAGCCACGCCGACCUCUCCACCUCCUCCUCUCUCUAAACCACUCCACUUUCCCUUUUAUAGCCAUGGCGUCCUCCAAGCCCCUGCCGCCGACUUCCUUCUCUCCAUUCCCAAGCUCGAGGCCGCCGCCGCCGCCGCAGCCGCAGCGGCUGCGGCACCAAGCCAAGCCGACCAUUCCGAUCACUUCAUACGUAUUUGCAAUCCCAUUUACGAUGAAGCUUGUGACUUUCACGCCGUCAACGUUAAUGCCAUGGAUGACUGUGACGGUGACGGUGACGGAACGGCGUUUGAGACGCCGGGAAGUUCGCCGUCAUGCUUUGAGUCGGAAGAGGGAGUGGAAAGGGAGUCAUCACCGCCGUUGAAGUUCAUGAAGAAGUUGCCGUCGUUCCUCCCGGUGACUGCGUCAGCUGUUUGCUUGGUUGACUGCCGGCGGUCACUGGCAGCGUCAGUGAGCGCUACGGAGACCAACAAGGCUUCUUCUUCUUCUUCCUCGUCGAACUCCCUCUGUUUUUCACCAUCUUGGUGA